UUGAAAGCCAACCGAAUUCAUCUGCAUUUCCCGCAAGUCUUUGCUGCGGUAAACGAAUCCGAACAUACAAUUCGUUUCUUCUACCCAAAGAAUAACUUUGAUUUUAUGUUUCUCUCUGAAGAUUCUGGGCGAUCAAACUCAAUCCUAAGGGGGAAGUCGAAGCUGUUCGAAUCGAGAAAUUGAAGGAAUUAGCUUUUGUGAAUUGUUAGCAUUUGUUUGUUGAUUCUGAUUUUUCGAAGAAUUAGGGAUUAGAGAUGAAGAGAUCGAAGUUUCUCAAGAGUUCAAAGGAGAUGCUCUCCCGGAGCUUCAAUCCUUCCAAAUGCAAGAUGUCGCUGAGGCUGGCGGGGUCACGGCUGAAGCUAUUGAGGAAUAAGAAAGAAGUGCAAGUGAAACAGAUGAAGAGGGAAAUAGCACAGUUGCUUGAGUCUGGCCAGGAUCAGACAGCUCGAAUUAGAGUUGAACAUGUGAUUAGGGAAGAGAAGAUGAUGGCUGCAUAUGAUCUUAUCGAGAUAUACUGUGAACUUAUUGUUGCGCGUCUGCCAAUAAUUGAGUCUCAAAAUUUGUGUAUGGUAUGGACAUAUUAUCCCAAACUCUUUCCAAGGCUUUGCACUGAUCUGUUCUCCAAUCUCUGUAGGACUUGCCCCAUUGAUCUGAAGGAAGCAAUUGCAAGUAUUGUAUUUGCAUCACCAAGAUGUGGAGAUGUACCUGAACUUCUGGAUGUGAGGAAGCAUUUUACGGAGAAAUAUGGAAAAGAUUUCACAACUGCCGCUAUAGAACUUCGUCCAGAGUGCGGUGUAAGCCGAAUGUUGGUGGAGAAGUUGUCUGCAAAGGCACCGGAUGGACAGACCAAGAUUAAGAUUUUGAGUGCAAUAGCAGAGGAGCAUAAUGUCAAAUGGGAUCCUAGAUCAUUUGAAGAGAAAGAUCCAAUACCACCCAGUGACUUGCUGACUGGACCCAGUACUUUCGGGAAGGAGAGUAAACCCCAUGUCGAACCUCUUCGUUUUGAAGGCUCAGAUGCUCAAGCUCCCCAAAGUAACAAUAAGAUUGAUGGUUCACCAUCGAACUUCUCCCAGCUGGAUCAUAGAACCUCACAGGGAGCAGCAAAUGCUUCUGUCCAAACUCCUGGUCCCUAUACAAUGUUCCAACAAGAAGGAAGGCCUCCAGCACCAGUUGAUGAGAGAGCACAAUUAUAUAAAGUAGACAGCAAUGUUAUCCCCCAGGAUAGACAGAGGUGGAAUAUGGAAUUCAAAGAUGCUACCUCUGCUGCACAGGCAGCUGCUGAAUCUGCAGAACGAGCAAGUAUGGCUGCUAGAGCUGCAGCUGAACUUUCAAGCCGUGGCAGGAUUAUGAGGCAGUAUUCCACUGAAUCACAUAAGUCUGAUGGUCCUGUUUUAAAAGAUGGAGGACUUGAAACGUAUGUGAAACCGAGUUUUUCUGAAGAGUCGAUGAACACAUCAUUUUCUGAACAUACUAGGUUGCAGAAUGAACAUAUGGAUGGGCAGAAACCUCACAAUCAGAAGACAGAUGGAAGAUUCAGGAUGGAUGACCAUAGUGGUAGAAAGGAAUAUAGUCAAUCAGCUUCUUUAAGGUCUGAAGCUUCAUGCAAUGAUACCUUAUUGGACCAUGAUGUCCCAGUUGUAGAGGGAUAUUCUAAGAAUAACUCCUUAAAGGAAGUCUCAGGAGAUGAAAUGACUAGGCAGAGUGAGUCUUCCAAGUAUAAAGCUGAAGAUGCAAAUGGCUGGCCAGGGAAAUUUGAGAAUGAUAGAGAAGCAAGGAUGAGGAAACAACCCAGUGACGAAUUUUAUCAUCCUCCUUCGAGCAUUCCUGAUGACAUGAACAUAUUUUCAAAUUCUGAUAACCAAAAGUUUGAUUAUGAUCCUGGUGAGGACCCUUUCCAGGGUUACAGGAAAGAAGGUACUUCUGGAGAAGCCUCCCAGACAAGCUCCCAUGAAUCUGCUGCUGUAGUUUUUGACAAAUCUGAUUCAGACAGCGAAAUUUAUGAGUUUAAUUUGGGCCCGACAUAUGAUGAACACGGGCCAAGAUCUUAUUUGCCAUCUUCAGGCCAGAAGUCGGGUGAGCACCUCUCUGUAAAUACUGAUUCUGGGAGUCCUAUGUCUAGCUCAAGCAACGUAGCAAAAACUAUUUCUUCAUCACCAUUUUUCACUAGAAAGAACUCAUCUUCUGAUUUGUCUGAAAGCCUAGAUGGUCCGAAGCUGGAUGAUUCAGCGCCGGUGACAUUUGAUGAAUCAGAUGGACCAGCUUCUGAAAGUGAUGAGGACCUGAAUGUGUUCAGGCGCACUCGGAUGGAAGAUUCUAUAGAUUUUCCAAGUAAACAAAACCCAACUGUUAGUUCAUAUAUUAAGGAUAAAAGCAGGCAAUCAGUUGGAUCAUCGUUCAAGGAAAAAGCUUCUUCAGGAUUUGACAGAAAACAAUGGUCACUUUCCUCUGAUGAUGAAUUGAAGUCUGAUGAAUUCGACACCGAAAGAAACCAAGAAAAACUAUUCGAUGCUGAUCCGCCAGCAAAGUUCAGUUUUAUGAAGCCCUCUGCUGAUCAGCCAGCUCAGGAACCCAAAAAGUUGCAAAUGGAACUGAAUUACAUUGAUAAUUCCAGUCCUGAGAGUGGGGAGGGGCUAAAUUUUGGAAAACUCACUGGUGGUUUACGCCAUAAGGGUUAUAAUCGUGCCCCUUACUUGAAGAAACAAUCAGAUAUAUCUUCGUCCUUCAAUACGGAAAGUAAGGAUACAAUUACCUCAGUGACAAAAUCUCCCGCUGCUGUUGGGAGUCCCAGGAUACGCACAAGGUCCGAAAAUAAGAAAAAUGCAAGAACGUCAAAUAUCCACUCUGAAUCGGAUAGCGAUAGUUCUGAGGAAGAAGAAUCAUUACAAAAGAGUUCAGGUCACAAACAUGGAAAACUGUAUAAUCUUAGAUCUGGAAAGGAAGUCAAAACAAAGCCCAGUCGUGUUGCUUCAACUUCAGUAUUCGGUUCUGAUAGCAGUGAUACGGAUGAAGAUCCUCCAAAGGAGUCCCUUACUAGGACAAGUUAUCUUCGAAGUGGAAUUUCACAGAGAACAAAAGCAUCCCCUAGUUCUAGUAAUAAUUCUUAUUCUAAGGCGCAGCUUAGUUCAGAUGCACCUGAUUCUGAUGGUGGUGUGGGGAGAAAACCUAUAAACGCCUCUUCACCUGAAACUCGAGAUCAAUUUCAGUUCUUGAAGAAGAGCUCUAUUCAAUUGGGAAGUUCUGAGCAGCCUACCUCAGCAAACGUGGCUUCUAAGCCUAACAAUUCAAGUUUGCAGGGAUCUCCAGUUAAAUACAACUCCAAAAAAGCAAAUUCUGCAACAAUGCAAGAGUCUAAGAUCACUCGCAAGUCGUCUGCUACCGAGGAGUCGUCGAGACCACAGCCAAAAGCAGAAACAUCUGUUAGCAAUGAAAAUCUAAAGGCAGCAGCAACACUCAAUAAGAGUUCUUCCAACAAGGACGAUAGUAAUCAAAAAGCUAGUCAUGUUCAUCCAAAGCUUCCUGAUUACGAUGCCUUAGUACAAUCCCUUCGGAAGAAUCGGUCUUGAGAUAAUAGGUACUGCAUCAUUUCAUUGCACAUGAUUGUUUUAUACUCACUGCUUAGAGCUUCUCUUCGUUAGAUGUUUAAAUUCAACAGUAUAAAUAGAGUGCACACUGGUGUCAUGUGAGAUUGCAUUCAUGCACAUAUUCUUGUCGCUAUACAUGUUUGCUACACUGGCUUUGGAUGUUAUAUAAAAAGAGCCAGAAUGAUUUUCUUCAGACCUUUCUCUAGACCAUUAAUUCAACACCUCCUUGUGUUCUGGGUAGCAUUAGCUUGAAGUUCUUGUUUUCAAGAACGAGUUAGCAUUUUGAAUUUAUAUUUGUGUUCAUCCAUUAUCUGUUUCUUUUCAUUUGUUUGGUUCUUACACUGUCUCACACUCACUAUCUGUUUAGAUUUAUGCAUCUGAACAGUAACUGUGUUUGGGGCAGACAGACAUUGAAUUUAAUACAGUGUAAAACAAUCAUUACUUGUUCCUUGAA